GUGCGUGUUGUUGUCUCAUAUCACCCUCCUCAAGUUUACCUUACAGUUGCUAUCGGCUUACCUUGCGAUGACGGUGUUGGGCUGGAGUAAGAUAAGGGGAGUAAUAGACCACACAACGGUUGUUUAGUGUUCUGGGAGACAAGAGUUUUAUUUUGGUGCCGAGGGUUUUGCAUACUGAUGAGCAGCUCCUGUGCCCACAGCACCGUAGGAGAGACUGGUAAAAGCGAGCCACCGACGGAGGCAUGUGUCGGAUAUUAUGGCUUACAGCCGGCACGCGUCCCUCGGGAGCCAACAACUGGCCGCCUCAUGCCAUCCUGUAGCCGGACCCCCUCUGCCUGAGCUCCAUGUACCUCACGCGACGUACCUUUUGACUUCAUGAAGAUCCCUGACAUCGGUGAUGUAAUGAAUAAAUUUGAAGUCCUUGGGAUUGUGGGUGAAGGUGCCUAUGGUGUUGUUUUGAAGUGCCGACACAAGGAGACCAAUGAAAUCGUGGCCAUCAAGAAAUUCAAGGACAGCGAAGAAAAUGAGGAGGUCAAAGAAACGACGCUACGGGAGCUUAAGAUGCUCCGCACGCUCAAGCAGGAGAACAUCGUCGAGUUGAAAGAGGCCUUCCGCAGAAGAGGAAAGCUGUAUCUUGUCUUUGAGUAUGUGGAGAAGAACAUGCUCGAGCUGCUUGAGGAGUUACCCAACGGCGUGCCGACCGAGAAAGCGCGCAGCUACAUCUACCAGUUAAUAAGAGCAAUUCACUGGUGCCAUAAGCAUGACAUAGUUCACCGGGACAUAAAGCCAGAAAACCUUCUCAUCAGCUCCGAUGACGUCCUCAAAUUAUGUGACUUCGGCUUUGCACGUAAUCUCUCUGAGGGAACUGAUGCCAAUUACACCGAGUAUGUCGCCACUAGAUGGUACCGCUCUCCAGAGCUCCUGCUCGGGGCUCCAUACGGGAAGGCAGUGGACAUGUGGUCAGUGGGCUGCAUCUUAGGAGAGCUAAGUGACGGGCAGCCUCUGUUCCCGGGAGAGAGUGAGAUUGACCAGCUCUUUACCAUCCAGAAAGUGUUGGGACCCCUGCCACCAGAACAGAUGAAGCUCUUCUAUAACAACCCCCGCUUCCACGGGCUGCGGUUCCCCGCUGUGAGCCACCCCCAAACCUUGGAGCGAAGGUACCUGGGAAUCAUCGGCGGAGCCCUGCUGGACCUGCUAAAGAGCCUGCUACUGCUGAACCCGACAGAGCGCUUUCUCACGGAGCAGAGCUUGAACCACCACGCCUUCCAGACCCUGCGGCUGGUGGAGCGUCCCGGCCCACCCACACCUACACCUGCACGCUCCUCCAAGAGAAAACCUCACCAUGGAGACAACACCACCCCCAGCAGGAGCCAUGGGGGAAAGAGCUCAGGAAGCCACCGCUCCAGCAGCAGAGAGUGCUCCAGCUUGCCUCGGCAUGAAGACCACCCCAGCAACGAUGGCUUUCUCAACGGCAACAUGCCCGCAGCAAUCAACCUCAGUCCCACUCUGCAUCCCAAGAACUACCAGCCGCAGAUCUACAACCACUCCACCUCGUGCAACAUGGACCUGGCCAGCAGCAACCUGCCUCAUCUGCUCAGCCCUGGAGAAGCCAAAAGCAAGGGCGACUUCGAGAUGAACCUGGGGUCCAAGGUGUCCGACGGCCCUGGAGCCAAGUACCUCAAAUCCAACUUCCGCUCGCAGCAGAACCGCCAUUCUUUUGUCGAGGGGAAGACCAACACGCUUCAGUCAGGGGACAAACACAGUCGACACAGCUACAUGGAGUCCCACAGUUCCACGCCCUCCUCCUCCAAGUUCGCCUACCUGAACUUGUCCAAGAGCUACGGCACGCUUAGCGACGCCAAGUCCGUGGGGAACUUAAAUGAUGUGCAUCUUUACGCUGAUGAGCCUACAUCUCGCUAUUUUCCCUCAAGCUGCCUGGACCUCACGGCCCCGAGCAGCCCAGCAGCUCGCCGGGUGGACAGACUGGGACCCGGCGCAGCUGGCAGAGGAAGCAUGCGCUCCGAUAGGGAGAGCAACACCCUGGACUCGUCCUACAGGCGCUCCUCCACCCGCCACAAGGCCUCAGAGGAGUCCAAGUCGCCAGAUGCCCUGGACCCCGGGGAGAGUGCCGUCGAAAGGAGCCAUGCUCACUCUCUAUCCGCCCCACACGACCCUAUCGCUUACGGUCAGGGAUACACCAGCCCCUUCUCCUCCCAGCAGCGGCCGCACCGCCACUCCAUGUACGUACGGAGGGACCACCAGAGGACACACGCGGCGGACGAGGGGCUGGCGGUGGGGCAGGGCGUGCCCACCAGAGCCAGCAGCCUCCAGCUCCUUUCGCCACAGCUGCAGCACCGCACGCUGCCUCGCCACUCUGGGGGCUCGUCAAGAGAGGAAGACAUGAGCAGGAGCGAACAGGCACCCACUGAGGUCACCCACAGCAGACCCCCAAUAAGGGACUCCACAAGGGACAACACCGCAUCUUUUCACACACAGCGGCAAAAAAGCGAGGUUGGCUUGUAUCAUGACCAGCAAACAGAAGACGGGGGCUCUUCCAAAGAGAACCGCAACAUCUACAGUGAAUCCAUGCCUCGGAGGGUGGGCAGCUUCUACAGAGUCCCUUCUCCCCGGCCAGACAACUCCUUCCAUGAUAGCAGGGGUCAGAGCCGGAGCUCUGGCCUGUCCGGGGACGGCACGGGUUUAACGAACCACUCCAAACGUCAGCCGGCAUUCGACCCCUGGACUGGCCCAGAUACUGUAGUGUUGAACCCCUCUGAGCCAUCCAAAGAGAAGGAGAAGCAGGGUUUCUUCAGAGCAAUAAAGAAGAAGAAGAAGAAAUCUCAAAUGAUGCAAGUCCCCGAAGGAAGGCCUCCUGUCAUCAAGAAAUGUCUUUUCCCUCUGUUUAGCCCAAAGAAUAACAUAAAGCAUAGUGUGAGAGUCCUCCCUGUAGUGUCCUCCUCCAUGGUUCCUAAUGAAGGGGUGGAAACAGUCAUCCAGAAGUCCUCCAGGUCCUCCAGUCACCAGAGCAGCCGCCACAGGACCCGUGACAAGAGCAGAGACCGGGACCAAGAGCGAGACCGAGACAGGGACAAGGACUGGCCUCCUGAGAAACUGUCCGAUUCGCACUCUCCAAGUCAGCCACUGAAGUCUCUGCGCAAACUCCUGCACCUUUCGUCCUCGUCCUCCAACCAGACGGCACCGUCUGACAUGCGCUACCAGCCGCUGCCUAAUCCAGCCUCCGCUCAAGGUGGUUUCACAGAAAGCCGGGGUCACUCAGGGGUCAGCACGCCCCAGCUGAAGAGCCGACAGGCAGCCUAUCCACUGCCUGGACAGUUGGAGUCUGGCUGGCACCCGUCCGCCCUGGGGCGCCCCGAGGGCAACCCUUACCCGGAGCAAAUGAGCAUCAAGGGCGGCCAGAACGGGCACGGCUUCGGACGCCCCUCCAGGUCUCGUAUGCCAAACCUUAACGACCUGAAAGAGACGGCUCUGUGAUCUCCCAUCACCAUUCAGACGUAACACCUGCUGACCACACGUAUAUAAAAAUCACAGAUACCAAACCUUCAGUUUUAAACACUUGCUUGCAAACGGGCCAAAAGCCUUUUUAUGUCUUCAUUUUUUUAAAGCUUCCAUGUUUGAUAGACUUUAUAUUAUUACUUCUGUAAUUCUGAUUAUAAUUUGUAUUAUAAAGUAAAUAUAUUACAAAUUAAAUAUAUAUAAAUGGAUAGAUAAAGUGUAGAUUUUAAGUGUAAGUAUUUUUGUUUCUAUUCAACAUAGAAAUAUAGUACAUUUUACUGCGUAGUAUUUCCUUAAGACUAUCUAAGGCAAACAGAUUUAUCAGUUGUUACAAUAGAGGUUGGUAAUGUUAGUAACUUUGCAUUGUGUUCAUCCCACCCAGGAUUGUAACUCUUCAUCCGAGCCGUCUCGACCUCCGGAUGUGCUCAGCCAUACCGGUUACAGACGCUCAAACAUGCAACUGCAACUCAAAGCAGUGUUGUUCUUGAAAAAUAUCGCUGUAGUGCAAUUUUUCUGAGUUGGCACUGACAAUCUAGUAAAAAAAGAAAAAAAAAGCUUCAAUCGAUUUGUUCUUUUUUAGGAUAUUUUAUGUCUUUUUGUAAUGCAGCCAUUUUAGACACAAGGUGCCAAAAAAGGGACAGAAAUCCUAACCUACAUCGCCCUCUGUAGGAGCUGACAGAGCACUGCAUCUACUGUUUUCUGACUGAGAUCACCAUGCACUAACUAACUAACUAAACUAACUAAACUAACUAACUAACAUUUAGGCACUGACUUUUCAUGCACAGUAAACUUUCAUAUAUAUUAUUAACAAAUGUUAAAACUAUGGUUAAACCUCUAUCAUCUCAAAGAGAACACACAUACUAACUGCUCCUCACUAUACCGACGAUCCUUUUGGUAGUAAUGUAAACUAAAAUUAUUUACUGAAAUGUUUAUUUAUGUAAAAGUGUUAUGACGGAUAAAUUAAACAGUAAUAAAAACCUUUGAUACUUUGAAACUUCGAGGAUCCAGUUAAUGGAAAAAAAAGUAUGAAGUCGACACUGAAGGAUCUCUGAUAACUUCCCUCAUGACCAGGAUUCAAUGAAGUCUGUGUUUGUUGCUCAUUUCUUAGAUUUUCACACGAACAAACGUCCGAGUGGUUCCGGCGAUUUAAUCAGUUAAAGACAUGUACAUUCAAAAUAUUAUACAAAGUUUAACUGCUGUAGAAAUUGGAUUUUCUUUUUUCUUUAAUCGUUUUUAAAACUUAAGUAAUUUUUACAGCAGUUAGGAACACAAAAGCCAUUCUGGGUGUACGAGUGCAGUGAUUCCCAACAUUUAACGUCUGAUGCUCCCUCACAGGCCUGGGUUCAUUUCAAUUCAUCAUAAACUGGAUGCUAUUUAAGACUAUCGUUCUUGUGGUUUGGACAAGUUUACCCACCCCGCUUCAUGUUUCAGCCGUAUAUUCAGUACUUUUAGUUAGAUAUUGUAGCUGACUAACUGUUUAUCCAUUAACUACAUUUAACCAUUCGACUGUUUCUUUAUUAUUUUUAGCUCUUUCUUUUAUGCGUAACUUUUUCAAAUGUUGUUGUUGUUGGUUAUCUAACCAUUAGGCCAUUAUUGUAACAAAUGUUUAUCCAUUUAUUUUAGUCCAUUACUGUCAGCUGUCAUAUUUAAACCAUUUAUUAUUUUAUUCAUUACUUUUAGCUAACUGUUUCAACUGUUGAUUAAUUGAAUUUAAAAAUUAAACGUAACCACGUAACCCCUUUCAGCUGCAGAAACACCCUCUGUGCUGCAUGCACCCCUGGUUGGGAAUCACUGUACUAGUGUUUUUCUUUAACUGAUUUUAAAAUACGGAGCCGCUUGGGACGAGUUUUUGAGAAACCCUAAUGUGGAAACCACAGAGGCGGCAGAAGCUCUGCACUGUAACAUUGUUUUCUGUCCUGGAUAAAGUGCCAUGAAAGUAGCUUGGCAGAAAUAAAUCCUAAGCUUUUUAAUGUUGCACUUUGAAGAGACUGUGUUGUUCAGCAAUAUUGCUCCGACUCUGUAAAUUCUUCCUCACUUCAUGUUCAUCAUGUGCACAGUGUGUGAAGACUGAACCACGGGGCCCGAGGCUCCCACGCUAACACACUGAGUCCCAAACAUGACCUGUAUCGUAUUGUGUAUUGUGCAUCUGUAAGGACUGUGCACACUCUGUAUUUGACACAAUACAUUUCUCUCUUUGGAUUAUUGUUUUGCUGAAGGAACACCGUGUAUUAUAUUAAUACUGAUGUGUGACUACUUGUUUGGUAAUAUUUAUAACAGAAGAUGUUUAUCAACUGUUUAAAUGAAAUCAAGUAUUACGUUUGUGCUUUUAUUACAGACACAAAUUAGUAGCAUAGUCAGUGUUUAUCUGCUUUUUU